AUGGCCGUCGCUAAACACUUCAGCUCUUUGCUGCAGCCGGUACGACAGCAGCAGCAGCAGCAGCAGCAACAGCAGCAGCAGCAGCAGCAGCGCGAUUUAGAUCAGCAGCAGGAGCCGCAGAAGCAGCAGCAACGAAAGCAGCAGAAGCAGAAGCAGCAGCAGCAGCAGCAGCAGCAGCAGCAGCAGCAUAUCCGGGGCGCAGGUGAUUCAUCGAGGUAUAAAGGCAGCAGCAGCAAGCAGCAUGCAGCAGCAAACAGAGGCCGUCUAGACAUGCGAUCUGUGCAGCAGCAAAAGCAGCAGCAGCAGCACUCAAAGCAGCAGCAGCAGCAGCAGCAGCAGCAGCACAGGGGUCAGGGACGCAGAAAGGGAAAGACAGGCUACAGCUACGGGCAGCAGCAGCAGCACCACCAACCCCACCACCAUCAGCAGCAGCAUCACCAUCAUCCGCAGCAGCAGCAGCAGCAACAGCAACAGCAGCAGCAGCAGCAGCAGCGUUUCGCCCCCGGCUUCUCCUCUUUUGCUGAUGUAAGACGCAGUGCUGCUGCUGCUGCUGCUGCCAGCAGCAGCAGCAGCAGAGACUUUUUCAAGGCGAAGCAAACAGCAGCAAAUCAGUUCAAUCAGCAGCAGCAAACGGAAACACCACAACACCACCAGGCAACUGCUGCUUAUAGCAGCAGCGAAAUUCCUUCUGCCCAGGCGCUGCCUCCUCACCACAGAGCAUACCGGAUGAACCCCUUCCCAGGCGCAGCAGUCCCUGUAUACUCUCGUCAGCAGCAGCAGCAUCAGCAUGUUGCUGCUGCUGCACCUGUUGCUGCUGCUGCACCUGCUGCUGCUGCAGCAAGUCUGCUGCAGCAGCACCAGCAGCAGGCGUACCUGUACCGUCCGCAGCAGCCGCUGCAGCAGCUGCAGCAGCAGCUGCAGCAGCCGCUGCAGCAGCAGAUGCAGCAGCCGCUGCAGCAGCCGCUGCAGCAGCACUAUAUAACAAACCCCUAUGCGAUGCAGCAGCAAUAUAUUGGUGCUGCUGCACUGAAUAGGCAGCAGCAAAUACCUCUAGGAGCAGCAGCACUGCAGCAGCAGCUGCAGCGGCUGCAGCAGCUACAUAUAAACACAGGGGCGCAGCAGCAGCAACCCCAUAUACAGACAGCAGCAUAUAGAACACCACCGCGACCUGUUGCUGCUGUUCUCCAGCAGCAGCAGCAGCAGCAGCAGCAGCAGCAGCAGCAGCAGCACAUGGGGAUGCCGCCUCUGCGCGGUGAUGCAGCAGCAAACCACCCAAAUAUGUUUCGUGGUUAUGCUAGAUAA